AUGUCUAGCUUGGGCAGCGCAUGCCAACACGGAGUGAUCCGACAUCAUAUUGAGCUAGUCUGUAGUCAAGACAAAGAAUGUUCCUGUGAAAUUGGACAAGAACUCCUGUUCAACAAAAUACAAUGGAAGCACUGCAUUGAAAUGCAUCUCCGGAACCGAACGGUUCGCAUGGUAAGCGUAGUAAAGGCUGUACACUUCAUCUGCCUGAGAAUAAGAUAUUUUGCUCCCACAGGUGUGCAGAGAUGGGAUCGUGCACAAGUAAUAUAUGCGAUACGCUCAGAGCAAACGAUACUGUACCAGAGCUUCGUAAGUCCAGAUUCUACCCUGGAUAUUCUGCCUUGGCGGUUUACUGUCCGGCUGUCUGUUGCCAACACCUUCUUGCGUCUUCUACAGAACAACACACGUCCCCGUCGUAUACGAGGUUUUCGAGUGCCAAGAUUGGUCCCUUCGAUCCACCUUGAAAUAUCAAGUAAUAUAUUUGGGGUAACCAAAGAACAAGCGUACCGGUUGUGUGUCCCACAAGGUACGAUGCACAGAAAAGAUUCAGCAAAUGUGAAAACAGAAUGGUAUGCAGUUGUAGCGCCGGGAAAGCUCCUCACACCUGCGAGUGCAGCAAAGCACUCCGCCAAUCAGGUACGAUCAGAGGACUCGAAUCGUCUGCCUCUGAAGACAGGUUCCAUAGAAAUGCAUUCUAAAGGUAGCCACGUCGUUGUAGAUUCAUUCGAGGAAAUUACGUUACUCAUGCGGUCUAAUAUUUUGACCAAUGUCUCCGAUUUAGCAGUCAAUGCCUAUGUUAGUGAGCUGUCGGGCUGUUACGAGUGCCUAUACGGAGCACGUGCAAAAGUGUCCUGUGUUUCACACUAUAAUACCGUAGCCGAAAUCCAGUGCAACAACUUCACAACAGUAAAACUUAGCCUCAGAGGUCAGCUUUUUAAUUAUCCCAUCUUGAAUGACUCAGUAUUCUUCCUUAAUUCGGAGGAAGCUCGUAUUAAUUUGCUAGACUUCUCUCAAUUCCAUCUCCCUGACUUCAAGCCAUUGUUGGGAACAAUCAAAAGUCACUGGAAGAUGGCCUUAUGCAUUGCUGACACUAUACUUCAGUUACCGGUCUUAUCUACUUAUUUGGACCAGUAG